AUGGCUGCUCCGGAGGAGUACUACGAACCAGUGGUUAAAAAGGAAAACAAAAUCGAAUACGUUGAUAACCUAUAUUUAUCCAAGAACAUAUUGAAUAAUAGAGAAAAUGCAUUGAAUUAUUUUUACACUUGUCCAUUUUACACAAGUAGAAGUCAUCUCUCGUUAAAUGAAAAAAUACGAGUGGGGAGAAUAAUCAAUGAUGACGACGAUGGAUACUUAUUUGACAUCACCUACGACAAUUUAGCUGUUUUAAAAAAGAAUGAGCCGCAUGAUCCGGUCAGCAUACACAUUUAUUACAACACAAAUUCCAUUUUUCACAUUUCCCUAACACAUAAAUAUAAAGUGAAGAAUAUUAUCUGCAAAAAGGUUAUUCAGAUGUUCUGUAUUUUGAAUGGCAAGAUUUACAGUUCGCGAUCUUUUGGGGAAUUACUAAACAAUAAAAUUUCCAGCAUUGUGCGUAAUGUGGAAAAGUUUUACGACUGUGUUAAUAAGAUGAUGAAUUUUAACAUUACGUCUAAUUACAAUUUCGAGAGGAGGACGGAUGAGGAGAUGGAUAAGAAGUACAUGAAUUACCGCCUCGAGGAUGUGUACAUUUCCACCAAAAAGAAAAAAACAGUCUAG